GACCUAAUGAGCCCAAGUUGAGCCAUUGAGGAGUAAGAUUUUCCGCUCGUAAAUUUGCGUUCUUCAUGAAACUCAAGUCAUUACCAGCAUAAAUCUGCGAAAUAAGGAUAAAAUAGCAAAAUGGCGUUCUUCACGAAACGUAAGAACCCUAAUCCGAAACUCUACGUUGGAACCAUUAUCCAUCGAACCGUAAUGAUGACCAUGUCGUAACUUAAGAGUUGUGUCCGCUGAAAUUUCCAAUAAGAGAGCGAUCAUUGAUGCUGCAAAUUUGCCAAGUCCAAAGAGAAUAGUGGAUACCCAUGGUACCUAUCAAGGGACGUUUCUGGAUUUAAACAGUCUUGACCGCUUUCUUAGUGAUAAAUCCAUCAAUCACUUGUGCCAGAAAAUGGCCCAAAGCAACACUCUUGUUCAGAUUGGACAAAAAUUACUUGAAUAAAAAAAAUUACUUGAUGCGCCAAAACAUUUCAAAGCAGUGAACAAAGUUUGGCAAAAUGAACACUUCAACGGCCUUCUCUAUAACGCAUUACAUAUCCAGGACUCUUCCCUGCCCGACACAAUAGCAUAUAUUUCUAGGAAAUUUAUGCAUGAACGAUUUGAUGAACGGAUAGCUCGUAUCAAGAAAGAUUGCUACUUCAAAUCUAGCAUGAAAGUCAGAGAACCUUCUAAAGGGACUGCUGUGAUGAGGCGACUCCUAUUGGUUCUAAUUGUAUACUGGAGUUGUGAAGAUGAGUAUCUCAAGUUGGAUACAAUUGAAUGUAAUGUUCCAGUAAAAGCUCCUGCAGACGAAUAUACACUCGGAUUUGUGAAUGUUUUGCAGCAAUUACUUCAGUCGAUGAAGCUGAAAGGUGCUCCUCAUGGUACAAUUGACGCAUUGCGUAGUGAAGUGGAAUCCUCUUGUGCAACGGAACCUGAUCCUUUCCUCGACGACGUGUUCUCUGCGAUGAAGAAAGCGAAAGAUUGGCUAUAUGAGGAAGGUUCUCCUGUUCCAGAACUUCUUGGUGAAUGUUCCAUCAUGGAGCUUGCUGUUGAAACCGAGAAUAAAAACAGUCAUGCCCUUGUUGCUAUGGCAAAGACUUUUUUGGAAAAAUUAGAUUCUUUUGAUCUUGCAGCCAGUUGUAGCUCCCUAGUGCAGAGGCAUUCUGAUUUGUGAGAAAAUUUCUGGUCGAUGCAGAUUUUAAAGAUGCAUGCAUUUCUUAAGAUAAUAAGACGGGAUUGGAACUUCCGCGAAAAAAUUCCACCAUAUAAAUAUGCAUACAACAUGAGGAGGUGCAAACAAACUUUUUCUAAUGACGCGGUUGAGGAUGCAAUGCAUCGGAUCAAGAGAGAUGCCUUCUGCACACGAUUUCUAAAAGAGGGGGAAACUACUGCUAUGUUGAGGGGAUUCCUGGUCAUUUUGUUUGCAUAUCAUGCUCCAGAAAUUCUGAAGUUUAAGGAAAGUUAAACACAUUUAUUAUCAAUCUAAGUUUGCUGGUGAUGUUACAGAAUUAAAGGCGGCGGUGGACAAGGUAUAUAAUGCUGACCCAGAUUCGCGAUCUCACUUUGUGUUUCGUAAGCUUAUGUGCAUUCAGUUUCAACAUGAAGUUUGUCGUAGAAUGAUUUGGUAUGAUAUUCACUGGUAUUAUAGACCUAUGUGGGCGGAGGAUGAUAGAUGUCCAGUUGAGUUUGAAAAUUAAGUUCCAGUCAGCCUAACAUUAGAUCCAGUUAAUUCUCAAUGUGUUUUUUUAUAUUUGGCCUUAUAAACAGUUAACUAUUCAAGUCUAAAAAAAUGAGCGGGAUUUCAGUGGAUGGAGGAGCUCACAGAAGCCAAAGGCUAGAAGACUAGAAGAAGAAAAGAGGCAAACAGCUUGACUCAAGCACUUCUAUUUAAGGAAGUUUUUGUUUUUUUUUAUUCUUUAAACCGAACCAAAUAAGUCUAUUUUAAUUCUAUUUUGAGCAAUUUCUAAUUUACUAAUGGGUUUAAUGCGUCAAUCCCUUGUGAUGUACAAGUUACGUACAUAAGUCACUU